AGUGUGUUGGUAGUGUGUUCAUGGAGCUCUAAUUCUCUGGCAAAGGAAAUGGUAGUUUACUUACACAGAAGCGUAGUCACUUGCCUGCUAUACUCUGGGUCUCUUCUGGUUCCGUCUCUUUCACUCCCUGACCUAGCCGCAAUGGAUACUGCCAGCCACAGCCUUGUGCUUCUGCAGCAGCUGAACAUGCAGCGAGAGUUUGGUUUUCUGUGUGACUGCACAGUUGCUAUUGGGGAUGUUUACUUCAAAGCCCACCGAGCAGUACUUGCUGCUUUUUCUAACUAUUUCAAGAUGAUCUUUAUUCACCAAACAAGUGAAUGCAUAAAAAUACAACCAGCUGACAUCCAGCCCGAUAUAUUCAGCUACUUGUUGCAUAUUAUGUACACAGGAAAGGGGCCGAAACAGAUUGUGGAUCAUGGUCGUUUGGAGGAAGGGAUCCGAUUUCUUCAUGCUGACUACCUUUCUCACAUUGCAACUGAAAUGAAUCAAGUGUUCUCACCAGAGACUGUACAGACAUCAAAUUUGUAUGGUAUUCAGAUUUCAACAACCCAGAAAACAGCUGUCAAACAAGGGCUAGAGAUGAAAGAAGCUCCUCCCAAUAACAGUGGAAACAGAGCUGCUGUCCCAGGGGACCACCCCCAGCUGCAGCUCUCCCUUGCAAUUGGGCUAGAUGAUGGGGGUGCAGAGCAGCAGAGGGAGAGGGCCCAUCCUGCUGCCCAGGCUGUGGAGGAGCACCAGAAGCCUCCAGUGGCCAUCAAACAGGAGACAUGUGAUCCAGAGUCUGUGCUCUCCCAAAGCCACUCCUCGUCCUCAUCAGAGGUGACUGGCCCCUCUUUUACAGAAAACAGUAUCAAAGUCCACUUAUGCCAUUACUGUGGGGAGCGUUUCGAGUCCCGAAGUAACCUGAGACAGCACCUCCAUACCCAUGUGUCUGAAUCUCUCCCUUUUGGUGUCCCUGCUUCCAUUUUGGAAAGUAAUGACCUUGGUGAAGUACAUCCACUUGGUGACAGCAGUGAGACUCUUGAAUGCCGGAGGCUCAGCUCCUUCAUUGUCAAGGAGAAUGAGCAGCAGCAGCAGCAGCCACCGCCUGAGCGCUCGGGCAGGAGUACCUCAGAGCCCUUACAGAUCAGCCAGGUCUCUCUCAUCUCCAAAGACACAGAGCCGGUAGAGUUAAACUGUAAUUUUUCUUUUUCAAGGAAAAGAAAAGUCAGUUGUACCAUUUGUGGUCAUAAAUUUCUUCGAAAGAGCCAGUUACUGGAACACAUGUAUACACACAAAGGUAAACCCUACAGAUAUAACCGAUGCCAAAGGUUUGGAAAUUCAUUGGCCCAGAGGUUUCAGCAGUAUUGUGACAGCUGGCCCGAUGUCCCCUUAAAAAGUUCUCGCUUGUCACAAGAACAUUUAGAUUUGCCUUGUGCCUUAGAGUCCGAGCUCACACAAGCAGGUGUGGACACCAUCCUUGUGGAGUAGCUGCUGCUGCUCCCGCAGCAUUUUAUACUGAUCUUGGAAGAGACUCACGUGCCAUUUCUAGUCAUAAAUUAGUUACCUCCUCAUGGUCUUUUGACUUAAAAUAAUCUGUCCCUAGUUUUGAGGUUGUACAUACCAGUUCUCAUUAUAAGACAUGGCUAUUAAAUGUAACUUUCAAAUUAUCCUAUGAGCUUUUUUAUAAAUUAAAUCAUAAUUUGAAAAUCAGAAGUUAAUGUAGAAACUUUAGAGUGAGUGUUAUUUAUACAAUGUCUUGUUUUUCCAGGUUGCAGAAUCAGUAAAAUGAACUUGAAUAUGAAGCAGAUAAGAUCUGUUUUACAGACUAUCUUAGAGACUGUGAAUGGAAUCAUCUGUAGAGUGCUUGCCUAGCAUGUGUGAGGCCCUAGGUCCAGUGGUCAGCACACACUCACAUGCUCACACACAAACACACUUCUAAACUGUCACUUGGCUUAUGUUUCAUAGGAAUUAUGUUCUUAGGAAAAUGAUUUUUAAAUAUUUUCUGCCAUAUAGGAAAUCAAUAGUUAUUUUAAUGUAUAACUAUAUAUAGGAAAUAAGUAGUUAUUUUAAUGUAAAACUAUAUAUUAUAAUGUAUAAAGUGUUUUGUUUUAAGACAUGGCUAUACUAAAUCACAAGUAGUUUUAACUGUACUUACUAGCAUUCCAACCUCUUACAUGUCCUUUUAUUUACUAAACAUCAAGUAUACCUCAUUUUUAAUAAAACUAUUUCAGCUAAAAGGAAGGACUUGAGAAGUCAGUGGUGACGACGUCUUGAACAGAGAAACCAGUGAACUCACAUAAAUGGAGCACAGCUGCAGGUCUGUGUGAACUAACCUUGGUGCAGAUAGGCAGAUCUACGGUGUUCUUAGACACUUUCAGGUGUCUAUAGCAAGAGGUUCACUUAAGUUUGAAGAGGAAAAUGAUAAGAUACAUACCAUCUCCCUGACUUAAUGUUGCAGACUUGUCAAGGCUGUCUGGGUUGAUGGCAGUUUUCUAAAAGUCAGUCAUAAAGGUAAUUUUACAGUGGCGUGACUUUCACUUUUCUGUUAGUAAAACCAGUGGAGUGGGUGCAUUGAGCAUUGCAAACCUAUUUAAAAACCCAUGCCAGCAGCUCUCCUUUAGUGAAUAUAAGCACUUCCUUUCAUAGUGGAGAUACUUAGAAACUUAAAACUCCAGGAAAAUGGAAGUUGUUGGACUAAGUGAUGGAUUUUCUGUGCCUAACAAGUAGCCCAGGAAAUUACAUUGUUUCCUAAGUGUUGUUUAAACUUGAAGUUCUGUUUUCAAGGAUCAGAAGGCAAGAGAGACUGUAGAACACCCUCCCCCCUUCUCUACUCUAUUAAAGUCUCAGCCUCACAGACACUUGAAAAACGUUUGAGUUGAUCCUGGCACACACACCCUCCUCUCAGAUUGGAAACAAGAGUCUUGCUAUGUUCCCAGGCUGGCCUUAAAAUCUUGGGCACAGGCAGUUUUCUGCUUCAGCUUCCCGGUGGCCAGGACCAUGGGGCAUGUACCAUCUCACAGAUACCUCAGUAUAGCCAUUUAAUUUUGAUGUGACGCUAACCCCACUCUCACACCUCUGAAGACAUUUAAGAGGCUCUCCUACCUCCACCUGUCAGAAGGUCAGAGUAAUCCAGCUAAUUCUGAAACAAAAGUUUUUGUUUUUGUUUUCUGAGUAAAUGGUGAGUUCAGUUGAAUAACAAAGUUUCAGAGAUGGUGGCAUGGGCCUCUAAUCCCAGAAUUUGUGAGGCUGAUUUCUGAGUUCAAGGCCAUCCUAGUUUAUAUAGUGAGUUCCAGACCAGUUAGAGUGACAUAGAGAGACCCUGUCUCAAACAAAACAGCACACAGCACACACAGAUACCACACCAAACCAAAGUAGUAGGUUCCUUGUUUUUAAGGUUUUGAGACAUUCUUGCUAUUUGGCCCAGAUUAGACUUGAACUCACCAUUGUCUUCUCCUGCCUCCUUAGUGCUGGGGUCAUGGGCUGUAGCACCAUCCAGCCUUCAGAGGGGUAACUUUUAAGGGCCAAGUGAAGAACCCUGAUGGACACUGUCUUAAGGUAACUGAAUUUCUGAUUGAGAGAGUUAGCCUCUGGGAUCAAGACUGACGAUAUGUUUUGAGAGCAAAACCUGGCUAGUGGUAGAAUGGAUUGUAUUGGGUGGCUAAACAAGUGUGCUGUUAUGGGGGCGGUCCUAAUUACAUAUUAUCUUAAACUUACGCCAUCAAAGCAAUUACCCAGUUAUACUACCUUCAGUGAGUUAAUCUUACAGAAACAUAAACACUGACUUCACGUAGUUUAGGCUAUUUAGGAUAUAUUCCCUACCUUUAAUUUUUUUGAGAUACAGCUAUAUCUCAAUAUAUAGAGCCCAGGCUGGCCUCAGACUGACAGCAUAGCUGAAGCUGGCCUUAAGCUCCUGACCUGCCUGCCUCAGUCUCUAGCACUGGCAUUGUAGGGGCCCUGCCCAUGUCAAGUUCCCCUAGCCUUCUCAAAGUAAACCUUACUUUCCAGCUUGUCUGUACUCCUCCGUGCUUACCAAGUCAUCAGUCUGACCCACAGAAAGCCCUCAUUAGGGUGGGAGUGGAGAUUUGCUUUCAGGGUAGGUGAGUGGGCACUGCAGCUCAAGACAAUCCAGAGAAGUGCUAGAAGCGUGCCAACAGCUGGUGGCCAUGUUAGACGCCGUCAGUUUAAAGUGGAACUAUAUAUACGAAGCUCCCAAAGAGUUAACAAAGAUGUAUUAGUAAAUACAAUACCUAGUAAAAACCUAGAGCCUGGGGAAUGACUCCGUGAGUAACAUGAUUGCUGUUCAUGCAUUUGAGGUAGGUGUGGUAUCUGUAGGCCCAGGAGCAGAGACAGAAGAUAGCAGGGGCUCUGAGGCCAGCCAGCCUUGCAGAAAGAACAAGCUCCAGGUUCAGUGAGACUCUGUCUCAAAAAAACUGAGGCAGAGAGUGAGUGAGGAAGACAUGUUGUCAAUCUGUGGUUUCAACAUGUACCCACAUGGGUGUACACCCACGCACAUGCAUACUCCUCGCAUACAGAAUACAUACAUGAGUGGAACUCUUCUAUGAGUUUUAAGAAGACACCGGUUCACCUGGCCCAUUGUUAAAGUUCCUCAGCACUAAGACCUUCACCUGAUUCCCAUUAUUCAAUUAUUUUUAUACUAAGAUUUAACAAGACAGAAUACUGGGUCUUGUCUGUCUGAUCCCAGUGGUCAGUAGACUGAGGCAGGCUUGCAGAUUCAAGACUAGCCUGUCUUAAGAGAAACAAAAAACAACAACAACAACAACAACAAAAAAAGUAAGAUUUCUUCAGUCUUCAAUAACAUUUUGCUUUAGGAAGUGGAGAAAUGUGUUUCGUUUUGCAGAAAACGUUCCCUAGAGCUCAUUUCUACUGAGGCAUAUAGUAAGUGGUGUGGGACUGCUGUUGCUUUGUUUUGAUUUUUAAAAGGAUAUAUUUACCUUUAUGUUAUGUGUUAGGGUGUUCUGCCUCCAAGUGUUUCUGUGCACAGCACGCACACAGUAACUGUGAGCCAGAAAAGGGCAUCGGAACCUCUAGAAUUCAUGUGGGUGCUGGAACUGAACAAGGUCCUCUGCAAGAGCAGCAAGCACCCUUAAGCACUGAGUCCUCUCUCCAGCUCAUUUUGGGUUUUUUGAGGUUCAGUCUUACUAUAUGGCCCACGAUGGCCUGGGAAGUUUUGGUUUUGGUUUUUAAGACGUGAUUCUUCAUUGGGGGAAAGAGUAUUGACAUUUUAAAAGAUUUUCCAGGAACAACCUUUACUUUUUGUCACAUCUGCAAAAUGGAGCCCCCUUCCGUUGCCCCCCCCCCCCCCCUCCGCUCCCCUCCUUCCCCCCACCUCUCUCAAGCAGUAUGGUUUGUGUAAUGGUUGCCUAGUUGAACCAGGAGUUGCCAUAUGUACUUUGUUGCCAAAUGUCGCCCUCUUGUGUUGCGGUGAGUCGUCUGCUGGGUAAGGUUUUGAAGGCAUGGUGAAACAAGCUCACGUCUUGUCAAUCUGUGUGCUAGGCAGAGACUAAGUAGGUCUUUUCCACUUGGGCCAGCUUUAAGUCUUCCCUUCUUUAUAGAUCCUGCAUGGAGGUGUUUUCUGGAGAAAAGCAGAGGCCAUGUCAGCAUGUGUUCUUGGUAGGAGCUCUCAUCUCAGUAAGUGCAGUCUGCUUCACAAACAGUGUUGUUGCUUUUUAGUAUAUAGAAUGUUUGAGGUGGUUACUUACGUCUCCCAGCACCUCCCUCACAGGGUGUUGUGAGGCUUCGCUCUAACAUGGUUAGUGCGCUGAUGGGAAACAACAGCAGGAAGCAGUUCCACAGCUAGCCUACUCAGUAUUCCAUCCAGUAGAUUCUAGAACAUGCUUGCAGCACUCAGGCAGUGCUUAAUAGAUAAUUAAUUGAGAAAAUCAGUUUUUAUGAAAAUGCACCAGAAAUAGGAGUGCUACCUGAGUUCUUACUCUUCUGUACUAUUUCUCUCUACCGUUCAGCAAGGAAGAUGGGGUUUAGCAUUAUUGGAAAUAAAAUACACCAGUUUCGGCAUUAAUGAGACUUUCUUCCAGAAUACAUUAUUUUCAUAUAAGAAAAGGAACAAAGAAAUCAACAUCCCAUUGUUUCUUGGAUGAAGAUGGUCUAAGUAAUAAGUAGGGACAGGAACUGGAAUGAGAGUCAUCCGUAGGAACUCACUAACGUUCUUUUGAAGUAAAGCUGGAACGCUUUCUCUGAGCACUGAAGGAAAUACCUGCUAGUGAUGGCGAGGAGAACAAGCCGGAAAGCGGACAGUUCCUGAAGCCUGUUUGCACAGGCAGAUUCCUGACACUGAAACUUGGAUUUCUGAUGAAUACUUGAUAGGUAUUUUUGUGGUAUCUGUGCUAAAAACAGUUGAUGUGGAAAAUGUUUACAAUGUAACCUGUGUCUUUUGGUGUACUUAAACUAAAUAUGUCUGUGCUGUUUCAUUAAUAAGUUGUUUCUAUGCUCAAC